UGACAGCCCCUUGUACUGCUCUGAAGGAGUGCUCCAAGCACACUGCUUUCCAGCCGUGACCCCUCCUCUUCUACUGUCUGCAAAGAUGUCGUGGCGUGUCCUGAAGAAACCCGCAGAAGAAAUGCUGGCCCGCUUCCCACUUGGCCGGGCCGGGCACUAAAGGUUCACUCCUGUGGAAUCCCAGGAAUCUUCUGCAUUCUUUUCCCCCUUCUUUCCAGUCCCCUAAUCUGAUAAACCGUGUGGGGAGAGGCAAGAGAGGGCGGGGGAGGAGUAUGUGACAUAACCUCUUAUUCUGGCAAAAUUGCGCGACAACCCCGCGGUACCUGCGGGGUUUUGGUGGCCGCCGCUGGGAGACUGAGGAAGAAGAAGGUCUGAAGAUCCACCAGGGCUAUAGGAGACCUGGCAGGGGAUGCACUCACCUCCCUUGUGGAGAGGAAAGCCGAGCGCAGCCUGCAGCUCCUUGUUUUGCCGGCUCCACGGGAUGCACCUGGAGAAAAGGAUGCUCGGAGCCGGCUGCGCUGCUGCGGAGAACUUCUAAGUGCCUUUGAAAACAUCUCCCUACUACAGGAAAGAAGGGAAGAUCAUCAUAAUACAACUUGGGAUGGCUUCAACUUGGCAGAAAACUCAGGAAUUCUACAACUGGAUUCUUGAAAGUGGAGAUCCAAGGACAGAAUCGUGGCCACUGGUCUACUCCCCACUUCCAGUCACCCUGGUCUUCACCUCCUACCUCUUCAUGGUGGCACUGGGGCCAUCCUGCAUGCGGCGGCGGCGGCAGCUGGAGCUGCGGGCUCCGCUGCUCGCCUACAACCUGGCCAUGGUGGCAUUCUCCAGCUACAUGUUCUACGAGUUUCUGGUCACUUCAGUCUUGGCCAACUACAGCUACCUGUGCCAGCCAGUGGAUUACAGCCGGAGUGAGCUGGGAAUGAGGAUGGCAAGAGUGUGUUGGUGGUUCUUCUUCUCCAAAGUCAUUGAGCUGCUGGAUACGGUUUUCUUAAUUCUGCGCAAGAAACAAGAGCAGGUGACUUUUCUGCACGUGUACCAUCAUGGCUCUAUGCUCUUCAACUGGUGGUCAGGGGUCAAGUACGUGCCUGGAGGACAAGCCUUCUUUGUUGGGAUGCUGAACUCCUUUGUCCACAUCUUCAUGUACGGCUACUACGCCCUGGCCAGCCUGGGACCGCGGAUGCACCGGCACCUGUGGUGGAAGCGUUACCUGACCAUCCUGCAGCUGUGCCAGUUUGUGGCCAUCGCUGCUCAUUCUUCCUACAACCUCUUCACGGAGUGCCCGUUCCCUGAUGGCUUCAACACCGCAGUCUUCCUCUACAUCCUCAGCCUCCUGGCUCUCUUCCUACACUUCUACUAUCAGACCUAUGUCAGGGGAAAGCAGGAAAAGCAGACUUGAUGGAAAUCAAAGAGGACAGAGAGCACAGCCUGAUGAACAUGAGCAUUCUCUGCUGCUUGUGACGUGGUUUCAGGAAGAAAAUAUAUCUGGGGAGAGUGUGCGAGGCUCAUGACUUGUCUUCAAAUAUCCCUGGUGAGGGAGAAGAAAGAAUGAUGUAAACUCAGGGAUUAAGGAACUGAGGAGCACACUUAAUUAAGAUGAGGCCAAGCUAAGCCAAGUAAUUACCAGCAAAGCAGGCUCUGGGACAUUUGCAAGACAAAGUCCUUUUCCCUUCCAUCUUUAACUUGGUGUCCAAGGUCUAGCAGCCAGCUACAACUCCCUGCUUCAUUUCUUAGCAUCCACAGAAUUAUCUCAGCUUGGUGUUGUAGGUCAGGCAGGGUCAUGUGCCUCCAGCCUGGAAAUCAAUGUCCAGGUAGCAGCAGCAGCCAGGAAUCCAUAGGAACUGCAGGUGGGACCUGCAUCCCACCCUGUCCUGCUAAAGAAGCUCCUACUAGGCCUGGGGUUGUCCUGAAUGGUUUAACUUCUUAUCAGGAUAAGCAGCAAGGAAAUUAGACAUUAGGUUGUCUGGCUGGGCAGGUGUAUUCACUGUCCUGAAACUAAAGAAGGCAUUAUUAGCACUUUCAUGCUAACAAGAAACCAGUGAAGUAAGUCACCAUGUCCCAUUUUCUGGAAUGCUUAUUUCCCUUUGGUUGCUCUCAUACCAAUGGAACAUUUUAAUGCAUGAAGAUACUUCAUAUUGCUCCUUGUAGAUGUCAUAAUUGAAUUAGAAAGAACAGAUUGAUGUUCCCUACUCAUAAGUUUUUUUCUCCAUUUUGUUAUUAUUUUUAAUACUGUUAUUUUUAAAUGUUGCUUCUUGUCAAACAUAAAGAGUUUAACAACACCAUAAGCAACCACCUCCACUACCUAAUUGUAUAAGAAUUAAUACGAAAUGUAUAAAAUCAAUUCAUUGGGUAGCACAAAGCUGCAUAGCUCCAUUGAUUUUAAGACAUCACUAAUUGACUUUUUUUUUUCUCCUAAAUCAAUUACAACUAGAAUUUAGCACUUAUAUUCAUCUGCAGACUGUUAAAUACUGUUAAAAUUUUGAUGUGGUAGUACUUUUAAGAUCCUAAUUAAACUACCAAGUCGUAAUUACUGAUUGAACCCUGCUCAGCUGAUUAAAACUGGUACUACAGAGUAGUGGUAUUUUGUGAAACACAAAGGUGUUGAAGGAGAGGGUUGGAAUUAGUGAUGAUGCAUUGCCAUUGCCAAACCAAAUCCACCUCAAAUAUAAGGAAUUCCAACUCCAUUGGGAACGUCCAGAGGACUGGAGCUGGCCUGAACCUAGCAAAUGGAUCUACCCCAAAAGACCUGUGUGCCCUACAACAAUCUGGAGUCGAGUGGCUACAAAAAAAUAAAUUCAACUUGUUCCUCACUGCUCUGUGUUCAUACCCCAAUCCUUUCCUUCAGUCCCUCCACACACAUAUGGAAGAUAUAACAAUAUUCUGGCAUUCCUCACCCUCCUGCCCUUCACACACAGUCACAAAGGACUUGUUCACACUGUCACAAGGACACAUCGUAAAUGUCUUUUCUUUGAUUUGAGCAGUCUCUCUUCUGAUUGUCACUGCAUCUGUGCUAGUUGGUUUUCUUCAUGUCAACUACUUUUCCAUGCUAAUAAAUUAAUAAAUAGUGACACUUUGGCA